UCUAAACAAAUAUGUGUACACUCGUUCAGCGCAGCUAAGCAGCGCUGCUGACGCACAUGAAAAAAAUAAACAGAGAACAGUAAAAUGGAAAGUCAAAUCAAGCAAUCGAAAGAGCGGGAGAGCGUUUGAAAAAAUAUGCUUGACUCAGUUGAUGUCGAGCAAUCAAGCCGACCGGACAAGCCAAUUAGUGUGAUUGAAGUUGCGUUUCGCUGCCGUUAUCGGUGAUUCACGGUGUUUUGACAUUGUUGCGUUGCCGUCUAUAUACAUACAAACACAAUUCCGGUGCAAGCAACAAAAUGGCGAAUGCCCGCCCGCAUGCACAUACAAUUGAUAAGCGCGCUUUCUGGACAGAGUUUUUUGCGCUAUACGAGAGUUUACCAGCGCUAUGGGACCUGAGUAAUCCGUUGUAUAAGGAUCGACAGAGUAAGACACACGGCUAUGAGAUGUUGGUAAUGAAAAUGCGCGAAAUUGAUCCGCAUGCAUGUCGGGAAGAUGUUUUGCGCAAAAUCAACAUAUUUCGUACCAAUUAUCGACGUGAAUGCACACGCAUUAAAGCGAGCAAUCAAAUGGGCAAACGGUAUAACACCUCGCUCUGGUACUUUCACAUGCUCGACUUUUUGCAGAGCCAAGAGUUUCGUAAAGAGCGAAAACGUGUGCCGAAUAGUGAGAAGAAAAUCUUACAGCGGCGGAUGGCGAGAUCACAUUCGGAUAUUGAGAAAGUAAGGUCACAGCUUUUGGAAUCACCACACACAUCACAAGACAGUUCCAGCGAAUACAAAAUGCAGCUCAACAAAUACGAAUAUGCAUCUGACAAUGGUAACGAAACAGAGGAGCAUUUAGAGGCGGUUCAGUAUUUAGAUGAGAAUUCGUUUCAGCAGCAAUUUCAGAAUCAAUUUCGUACACUUACAUUUCCCAACCAAAAGCAACAGCAUAUAAUAACAGCGCCAGAUGAUGAUGACAUCAAAACGGUUGGAGAUGCAGACACCGAUGACUAUCAUGAAAUCAUCAACAUUGAUGAUUCAUCGCAUACUGCCGACGAUAUGUUAGAUGUAAAAACCGUCGAAGACUGUAGUAAGAAUGUAACUGCUGAAUCCAUAGCAUCUACGCCAUCAGAACUGUCACAGCAACUGCUAACGACUAGACAAAUCAAAAAGACACCCAUAACUGGUAUAAUUAAAGAAGAGGCGAGAGGACGUGCGGUGCAAUCAUCUCGAUCAGGUCUUGCUAUUAGUGAAUCUACAGAGAUAUUAGCGAAAUCGUGGGCAAUACAGUAUGAAGAAAUGUCCCAGGAGCAAAGAAUUUAUGCACGCAAAGCGAUAGCUGAAAUACUUUUUGAAGGUUGCCUUGGAAAUUUAGGACGUCAACAAAAUGUCAAAACACAUGUUAAUGCUACGGAGCCUGUAGUUUCAACGCAAUACGAAAAGGAUGAGAUUAUGGAGGAUAAUGAGGGAGUUACAGAACAUAUGGCGGAAGAAACAUUACUGCACAUGGAUGAUGGCAAUCCCACUUACGUAUAUGCAGUCGGUGGUGAACAAAUGCAGCUACACGAAUACAUACAUUGACUUGUAUAUAAGUGAAAGGCCAAAAGUGAAUUUUAUGUCUGAGUUUAAACAAAUUCUACCGCUAUUUAUUCCGAAAACGCGUCAAUCUUCAUCAAUCAAUCAGUGGAUUUCCUCUUUUAUUUACACAUGACUGCGAUGACAGAUGUUUCUUCUUCUAUCGUUUCGUCUGGACGUGUUCAGUUGACUCAAGUAAUAGUUUAGGUGUGUUCCUUGUCUCAUUUGUUACUAGUUUUAAUUUUUAUAACAUGAAAAUAUGUUUGAAAAUAAAAUUGGAUAUUUUACCUUUAGUAUAAAAUUACCAAAACUAAUAAUAUUUGCAGUUCACAUAUCAAGUAUAAAUUACUUUUAGCACUUUUAGUUCAAAAUCGUCAUUAAAACUAGCUGUGUUUAAUAGGUCUUAAAUUCGACAUCAGAGAUAUGUUUACCGGCUGUGUAUUCAACCAUUAAAUCAGCUGCAAAGUCUAUUUGUUUACAUCCAGCACAAAAAUAUUAAAUGAAAUAUUACUACUACUUACCUAAACAUGUCCUUAGAAAAUAAUCCACAAAUAUUGUCUCUUAUACAAGCAGUACGAAAGAAUAAAGUCUUGUAUGAUACUCGGCAUGAAAAUUACUUGGAUGCAGACCCACGUACGAACAGGAUUUGGGAAGAUGUUGCGCUGGAAUGUGGUUAUGAUAAUGGCGCCGAUGCGGAAAAAGCAUGGAAAGAUCUUAAAACUUAUUUUAUGACAAACUAUCGCAAUAAAUUUGUAACAAACGAUCUUGAAAAAAGUAAUGAAAGCGGGUCUGAUGAUUCAAAUUGUUGGGAUUACUAUGGUGAAAUGCGUUUCAUACUACCGUUUAUAGCGGUAAACACAGAUUUGGGAGAGAACUUUUUUAAUAUAAGCAAAAGCAAAAAAUUAGAAGGUAGUAUUCAGCCAAUAACCAUAUCGUCAGUAAGAGCGUCAGCUGAGACCCAAACACCUUUGGAGAACAUACGUAUGGAUAUACCGGCCAUUUGUGAGGCAAACAUGACAGAAAAUGAAGUAUGUUUGCGAAAUUAUUUCGAUGCAAUAUACCGUGCAACGUGUACUUUACCAUUAAAAUGGCAAAAUAAAGUUAAGCGAGACAUGUUACAAUCGCUAAAUUCGGCAGAAAUUUUAGCUGACGCUGAUAAAAGGACGUUGCUCAGGGCGAAACAGCAAAAUAGUUGAAUACACAAACGCUAUGUUUUUUUUAGUUAUGUGCGAAAUAUGGAUACAUUAGUUUUUAAUCUCUCAACUGUGCUACAUGCCAAGAACAAUUACAGCUUGUUGUAAGGCUGUAAGUCUGUCGAUACACCAACAACAAUCACAGCUUGGUUAAACUGAAAUUUGAUUAUUAUAAUCAUCAGUGAAAAGAUUUAUAAUAAUAUGCAGUUAUCUUUGCUACAUAAAACAGGAAAUUCGUGAAAGAUCUUACCUAGUUGCACACAAAAUUAUUCUUAUUACAUUUGACAUAAUCAGCUGUUUGCUGACGUCAGGCUAGCAAAAGUUAAUGAAGUUUUGUGUGUGUGUUUUAAGGCAUAUUUUCACUACGUAAAAUAAUGUGUAAUUUUAACAAAAGUAAUAAUUUAUUUUAAAAGAUAUAAUAUAACAACAAACAAAAUAUAGUUCAUUGUAAAAUAAUUUAUAUAAAAAUGAAAUGUGCAGUUGCCAAUUGUCGCAGCGACAAUCACUCAAAAGCCUCCAA